CUUCUCCUCCCCGCCUCCUCUCCCCUACCUAGACUAGUGUGUUUGGCGUUGCCAUGGAGUCUGGAGAGGCCCGCGAUUGCUGUUUGUUGCCAGGGUAACCUGAGCGGCGGCAGAAGGCAACCGUGGCGGCAGCUGCAGGGCAGCGAUGGUGACCAACCCGGUGCACGGCCUGCCCUUUCUCCCGGGCUCGUCCUUUACGGACUCCACGAAAACAGCAUUCCACAGAAGCCAGACACUCGGCUACCGGAACGGCUAUGCAGUUGUCCGACGUCCAACCAUGGGGAUAGGUGGAGACCGGCUCCAAUACAACCAGCUGUCUCAGGCCGAGCUGGAUGAGUUGGCCAAUAAAGCACCCAUCUUAACUUAUGGGCCACUCAAGCAGGCCCCACCUGCGGAGUUUGUUCCUGCGCAUGUGGCUUUUGACAAAAAGGUGCUGAAAUUUGGCGCCUACUUCCAGGAAGAUGUUCCCAUAUCAAUGGAGGAGCAUUACCGAAUCCGCAGGGUGAACAUUUACUACUACCUAGAGGAUGACAGUAUGUCCGUCGUCGAGCCUGUCGUGGAGAACUCUGGGAUCCCACAAGGCAAGCUAAUCAAACGCCAGCGGCUCACCAAGAACGAUGUGGGAGACCACUACCACUGGAAGGACCUCAACCGAGGAAUCAACCUUACAAUUUAUGGCAAAACCUUCCGAAUUGUUGACUGUGACCGAUUCACUCAGGAAUUUUUGGAAAGUCAAGGCAUCGAAUUAAAUCCACCAGAGAAGAUGCCUCUGGACCCUUACACUGAACUCCGGAAAGAACCCGUUCGUAAAUACGUCACCCCAUCAGACUUUGACCAACUGAAGCAGUUUCUCACCUUUGACAAACAGGUCCUUCGAUUCUAUGCGAUCUGGGAUGACACAGAUAGCUUGUUUGGGGAAUGUCGUCACUACAUCAUUCAUUACUACCUCAUGGAUGACACCGUGGAGAUCCGAGAGGUCCACGAACGGAACAACGGAAGAGACCCGUUCCCACUCCUCAUGAACCGACAGCGCAUGCCCAAAGUUUUGGUGGAGAAUGCAAAGAAUUUCCCUCAGUGUGUGCUGGAAAUCUCUGAUCAAGAGGUGUUGGAGUGGUACACUGCCAAGGACUUCAUUGUGGGGAAGCCACUCACCAUCCUGGGGAGGACCUUCUUCAUCUAUGACUGUGACCCAUUCACCCGACAGUUCUACAAAGACAAGUUUGGAAUGCCCGAUUUACCACCAGUUGAUGUGAGCAAGAAGGAGCCACCUCCCGUAAAACAGGAGUUGCCUCCUUAUAAUGGCUAUGGACUGAUUGAAGACUCUGCUCAGAAUUGUUUUGCUCUCAUUCCCAAAGCUCCGAGAAAAGAUGUCGUUAAAAUGCUGGUGAACGACAACAAGGUUCUCCGCUACCUGGCGGCACUGGAAUCCCCUAUCCCAGAAGACAAAGACCGUCGGUUUGUCUUCUCUUACUUUCUUGCCACGGAUAUGAUCAGUAUCUUUGAACCACCUGUUCGAAAUUCUGGGAUCAUCGGGGGCAAAUUCCUGGGCAGGACUAAAGUUGUUAAAUCCUUCUCUCCAGUUGACAACCCCAUCUACUAUGGACCAAGUGACUUCUUCAUCGGUGCAGUGAUUGAAGUGUUCGGCCAUCGGUUCGUCAUCCUCGAUACAGAUGAGUAUGUUUUAAAAUACAUGGAGAGCAAUGCUUCCCAAUAUUCACCAGAAGCCCUCGCCUCAAUCCAGAACCGGAUCCAGAAGCAGGAUCUUCCCGCACCAGAACUGGAAAGCAAGCAAGCUACAGAGGACCUCGAGGAGCAGAACCUGGACACACUGAUAGAAAAAAUUCAGAUGCACCUGAAAGACAAUUCAUGCAGAGACAACCUCCGUGAAACAUUUCAAAUAUACGACAAGGACGAAUCGGGAUUCGUGGACAGAGAGACGUUCUUUAAAAUCUGCGAAACUCUUAAUGUCCCAGUCGAUGACUCAUUGAUUAAGCAGUUGAUCAGGCUGUGCACCCAUGGAGAAGACAAGAUUAACUACUAUAACUUUGUUCGAGCUUUCUCAAGCUGACCUGAACGAGAGAAUAUGAUACAUUUUUGACGCUGAACCGACAUUGUGAAAUCUACCACGCAGGCCUUUAAAUCACUCCGGAAGUGGUAUUGCUUUUCCUGCUCUUCUAUUUCACUAUUACUCAAGUUUAAAGUAAAUUAAUAUUCAAAAUAUCAAAGAUCGAUGCCCUUAUUUGAGGUGGUAGGGGUACCAUGAUAGUUAAUUUUAUAUUUAAGGGUCUAGGGGUUUCCAGAAUUCAUCAGAGAGUAUUCUGAUAUGUCUGUGAGGGUGCUUGGGAUGAAGUUAACAGUUGAAUUGGUAGGCAAGUAAAACAGGCCUUAAAGUAAGGAGACCCCAGUCAGUAGUCUGAAAGCCUGAAUAGUGACAUAAACUGACAUAACUCGGAGUAAGAGAGUCCCCUUCGCCCCCCGCCCAGCUGCCUUUAAACUAUCACACAGCCUUCAGAUGCAAACUUCCUGUUUCCUUAGCCUUCAACCAACAUACUGGAAGCUGGACCCUCAGCUUCUUUCCAGCUUACAGACUCUGUCUGCACAAGCUUACUCAUACCACACAACAGCACACACAAUUACUUUUCAGAUUCUUUGGAAAAGCUUAAUACAGAUGUGGAAGGCUGAUGAACAGAAGGAAUGGUAGACUUUUCUAGAAACAUUUGAGAUGUUGAAAAAUUAAGUUCACGGCAGCAGUGUUACUGCUGGGUAGCCAAGGGCCUCUCUACUUAUCCUUCCACUUCCCUCAAUAUUGUAGGGAGGUAUACUGCAUGCUUUUCAGAGUGUAAUUCUAAGCACAUUAGGAGAAUUAAAAACUGGGAGCUUGAGAUCUGGCUUAGUGGUAGAGUUCUUCCUUAUUAUGUACAAGACUCUAGAUUCGAUUCCCAAUACUAUCAAAAAUAAUGUUUUUAAAAAAUGGAAUCAAUAGUGAUGUGGUGGGCAUAGCAUGGUGCCUAUUUUCAUAAGACCUGCCUGCCUAUAAAUUAAUAUACUGGACUGUAAUGCACAUAUUGUAGAAGAAUUCCUCUCAGUGAGCAGCACUUUCUGACUCUAAUGAUCUCUGACAGCCAGCCAGGGCUGCUCUUCCAUUGAAGAUAGCCAUGCUAGAUUCUUUCUUGACACUCAAAACAUGCAGUGCUGAGGAUGAAGUCAUGCAGGACCCAGAAUGCCCAGGUCCUCUCAGAGCUGCCAAGGGGACUCCCUGCUUUUGCCUUUUGCAAGGAGUUAAGGCACAUUCUCCUAGCUUCCUCGAGGGGUUCCUUUUGAUGUCUAGACUAUUUCAGGAAGAAACCAUGUUUCCUCCUAUCAUUUCUAGCUGCAUGAAGUCUUAAGUACUUUUAAGAAAGUUGAUAUCAUUCUAAAGUAGUUACGCUUUUUCCUGCCUGUCCUAUCUGGUCCUGUCCCAGGCCUAGUGUGUACUAGACAAGUCCUGGUUUCACCUUUGGAACAUGAAUGAGAAGUUAAAAGAGUAAAACCAGGAAGCUGGGGAGCAACAUAUUAUUCCAGUGGUUAGUUAUAUCAUUUGGAGCCAGGGCUGGCUAAAUGGCAUGUGUCAGACUGGCUUGUUCUUACACACAUGGCACUUUUCUUGAGGGAGCUUUUAGGUCAAUUUUCCACAGAGAUCCUGUGCACAGUCUCAGUUUCCAACUGCCCAACUCCAAUGGCACGCUCCCUUGACUCCUCCUCUUUUCCUUCCUCAGAGGGGUCUCUUGGGAGGAGGCCAUGUCAGGUUGACAUGCCCUUCCAUGGUAGCUAGUCUUACCCAGUGUUCCUUCCCAGAAGGUACAUGGUAAUUAUGAAGGUCAAUCCCUUUCCUUUAGGUUUAUCUGUAAGAAUCAGCCACCCUAAAUAUGCUUUCUAAAUUCUAGAGGACUGAGCCAGGGAGAUGGGUCUGUGGGUAAAAGUGCUAACUGGGAAAGUGUAAUGACCAGAGCUCAAAUCCAUGGAACCCAAGUUCCAUGCAUCUGAAAUUCUAUCACUUCUCCAGGGAUAUGAGAGGCAUAGACCAGGAACUUCCCCAGGAAGCUCAUAGGCCAGCAAUCCCAGAGUUCCCAGUGCAAUGGCUACUGAGAGUCUCUACCUCAAAGAAGACAAGGACUGGCCCCAAGUUUAUCCUCUGCUCUCCAUGUGUACACCAUAGCAUGCACACUCAAAUAUGUACACACAUACUGUCUUAGUUAUGGUUUCAUUGCUGCAAAAGAGACACCAUAACCAAGGCAACUCUUAUAAGGGACCACAUUUAAUUGGGGCUGGCUUACAAGUUCAGAGGUUCAGUCCAUUAUCAUCAUGGCAGGAAGCAUGGCGGCGUCCAGGCAGACAUGAUGCUGGAGAAGGAGCUGAGAGUUCUAGCAUCUUGAUCUGAAGGCAGCUAGGAGAAGACUGACCCUUCUGCACUGGGUGGAGCUUCAAAAUCUAUCCCCACAGGAGCACACUUCCUCCAACAAGGCCACACCUCCUAGCAGUACCACCCCCUAUGGGCCAAGCAUUUUCAAGCCACCACCACCACCACCACCAUCAACACACAUACACACACACACACACACACACACACACACACACACACACACACACACAAACACACACACACGCACAUGCUUGAGAGCGCACAGUUUAAACUUGGGCAAGUUGAGUGACAGUACUGAGAGCUCCCCGGAAAUCUGUAUUUUCUAACCUUAACUAUCCUUGCCUCCCUUAGAAGAUGAAAGUUCACAGAAGCUAAGGCCUGCUCCUUGUGGGACUGUGAAAGGAUGGCUUGGGUCUUGGUAGAAGCACUGGCUGGAAAUAUCCCAGAGACCCAACAGGUGUCCAUGCCCGAAUCUAUUCCACCGCACUCCCAGAAUCCAGGGUCCUGACACGCGGCAUAGAGCUCCAUUUGAUCUGUGCUGUUCAGCCACAUAGGGCAACGGUCUAACCAGCCCCUCCACAGGUAGAGGGCGUGACUACAGGCCUCAGCCUCAGAAGAUUUCCAUAUCAAUGAGUUACCUGAAGGCCAGAGGGCAUAGCCAGUUACAUACUCCUUUCCCAGACUCCCAGACCCUCCUCCCUCCCUAUUUAAGUCAGGUCUGCCCUGACCUAAGUAGGGGUGCAUCCAUACUCAACUAUCAUCUGCCAUGAAAAUAAAGCCUGUAAAACCCACGG